UUCUUUUGUUCCAGCUGGCUUCAGAGGGGCUCUAUGUUCGUAGCGUCGCAGCCUCAAUUUAAAAAGCUUCUUGGAGCCAACGAAGAUUGGAGAGCAGAAAGUUUGGUAGACUUGGGCGCUGGAGAUGGAGAAGUAACUGCAAAAAUUGAUUCACUUUUUGAGAAAGUUUAUGUUACAGAAAUGUCGGGACCAAUGAGAACGUUGCUACAAAAGAAAGGAUACGAGAUAUUGGAUCUGGACAGCUGGCACCUAGCCAAGAAAUACGACAUGAUAUCCUGCCUGAAUCUCAUCGACCGUUGCACCACUCCACUAACUCUCAUGAGACAAAUGAAGACUGCUCUGAAAUCUAAUGGGAUGCUGUUACUGGCUGUCGUUUUACCAUUCUCGGCCUACGUUGAAUCAGAAUUUCCUGACCACAAGCCAAAGGAACACUUGCCUAUCAUCGGUGAUACGUUCGAGGAACAAGUUAAAAACCUGGUAGAAAAUGUCCUGGUCCCUGAAGGAUAUGAAGUUGUGUCUUGGAGUAGAGUACCCUACCUAUGCGAAGGAGAUUUGCAGCAGUCAUACUACUGGCUAGAUGACGCGAUCUUUGUUUUGAAGCAACGACAUUAACUGUGAUUUUCAUGUUAUUUAAAAUCAUCUCUGUAAAAGGUGAUUCGUAUGUGUGAUCAGUGUCAAAAAUAUCAUUUUAGUAUUUAACGUUUCAUAAAAGUACAUAUCGGCUUCAGAUGGCCAUACCAAGUAUUUGCUAUCAUCUUAUAUUAAAAUUGUCUUGAGCACAUGUCAGAUGACAAUAGUUAUUCUACUUUUCUUGGUUCUAAAAAUUCACCUUGUGAGAACUUUCGAAAAUAAAGUGGCGAGAAGCAAUAGUGGUAAAAAAAUCUAAAUCUAUUUAAAUCGUAUUGAUCUAUCAAUGACUCUAUGGCCAUUUGAAAAAUGUUUAGUAGAGAGGUAGGUACCUAAGACUGAGAAGGUUAAUACAACUAUACGUCUUACACAGGGGGUUCGGAAGGUCAAUACCAUCCUUUGGAGGGGUGAUAGAACCACGCUAUUUGAGACAUAUUGAGCACAACCCCCGAAGAGUAUUUUAAGAUAAGUUUAUUUUCAAGGAAUUUUCUACCUUGUUUGUUAUGCCAAAACUGGCGAACUUUUGAUUUUCGCAAAUUGUACGUAAUAUCUGUAUCACUAGGUUCAACUGUGCGUGUGGCGAAUCCAAUGUUUUAAUAUAUGAGGACAUGGAUAGGUGCAUAUAAUGUUAUUGUUUAUUCACCAUUUUAUAACGAGUUUGACCCACUCUGCUAAAAAGUUAUUUUUUUCACGAAUAUUUUUGAACAAAUUUUGGAAAUCAAUUAGUUUCAUCCUCACAAUAAACCUUUGGUUCUAAUUUCUAAGUUUCGUCAUACGUAAGGUGGAAAACUUUAAUGUAUGCCAAUACCAACGAAUUCAGACUAGGUAGAAGGAGCCAGACAAGGAUUUGUUUGUCUCCUAGUUCUCAUAGGCUGUAGUGCACACUACAAGUGCAAGUUAAUUUUUUGACAGUUCUGCCAUUAAAUUCAUAUUCUUAGUAUUAUUUUUUAAAAGUACGAGUCUUUGCGGAUAAUUGUGGCGUUAGACGAUUCCAAGACAUGAUACUUCUUACAUAAGCAAAGAGCAACACAAGCCUGAUGAAGGUAGAUGGUUCCACUGGUAAAGUAUUAUUAUUGUGUUGACACAACUCUCUCACUCUGGUAGGCAUUGAUAGUCAAAUGAUUCAAAAGUAUGCACUACAGCCUAAAACUACGCAAUUUCAAGAUACGUGUAAUCUAUUCGAAUUCGUUGGCUAAUAAUUAAUAGUUGUAUGUAAAUCUACAAGAAUAGAAACAUAUUUAUGUAUACAGAUGUUCAUUUAUAAUAGAGUGUGUUCUGGGACAAAUAAAAUAUUUUAUGUAAAA